AUGCUGAAAUUGUGUUUCUUCAUCUGUUUGAUAUACUGGGUGAAAUCAGAGGACGAGGAAAAAUGUCCUGAAUUUACAGAUCUCAAUAUAGGCAAUGCUUUGUCUGGAACAGAACUCCAAGUCCAGCUACUGUUAUACACAAGGGAAAAUACAAAUUGUUCUGAGAGACUCAUUGAACACAAUGUUGCUGCCUCUGAGUACCUUAAUACCUCCAAGAAAAUUGUCUUUGUUAUUCACGGCUUCAGACCAACAGGAUCUCCACCGGCAUGGCUAGGUGACAUAAAGGAGCUUUUACUGUCUUCAGAGGAUAUUAAUCUCAUUAUAGUUGAUUGGAAUCGUGGUGCUACAACUGUGAAUUACAUAAGUGCUGUUGAAAACUGCAGAAAAGUUGCUGAAAUACUGAAGAACUAUGUUGACCAGAUGCUGGUGGAUGGAGCUUCUCUUGACUCUAUGUAUAUGAUUGGAGUUAGUCUUGGGGCUCAUAUAGCUGGUUUUGUUGGCCAGAAGUAUAAUGGCAAACUUGGCAGAAUUACAGGUCUUGAUCCAGCAGGCCCUUCGUUCACUCGAGAACCACCAGAGCGGAGACUGGAUCAUACUGAUGCACAAUUUGUUGAUGUAAUCCAUUCAGAUGCUGAUGCACUAGGUUUCAAGAAACCUUUAGGAACCAUUGAUUUCUAUCCAAAUGGAGGAAUGGAUCAGCCUGGUUGUCCACAAACAAUAUUCAGUGGACUUCAGUAUUUUAAGUGUGACCAUCAAAGAUCUGUCUUCCUCUUCUUAUCAUCUUUGAAAAGAAGGUGCAACAUAAUAACGUAUCCUUGUGACUCUUACUUGGAUUACAAGAGAGGAAAAUGUCUUGAUUGUGAAGCUUUUCAGCCAAUGUCCUGUCCAGUACUGGGUUAUUAUGCUGAUAGAUGGAAAAAACUGUUAAUCCCAAAUAUUUCACCAACAAAAGCUUAUUUUGAUACCUCGGACCAAGACCCAUUUUGCA